AUGGGUGCUGCCACCGUCGACUGUCCUGUUGGCUUUUUUGGUAGUUUUAAUGAAUCCUUUCGCCCAUCCGGGGGCCACUUCAACCCGGCCGUGUCCCUGGGCGUGUGGCUGGUUGGCGGGCUCAGCAUCACCAUGCUCCUUCCUUACUGGAUCUCCCAGCUCUGCGGAGGGAUGAUCGGAGCCGGCUUGGCAAAGGCCGUGGUGGGGUGAGAAAGGUAUGACCGCACCACAGGAGGAGCUUUCAGCAUCGUCACGGCCGAUGAGCAGAUCCCCUCCGUCCUCGUGGCCGAGAUCGUGAUGACCACCUUCCUGGUCCUCGCCGUCUGCAUGGGCGCCGUCAACGGGAAGACC